AAAAUGACAGCAAGCUCUGUUUUGCUAUCAGUAGUAUGCAUAAUAGUAUUGACAGUGUUAAUCAAAGUGGUGAAUUGGGUAUGGUUAAAGCCUAGGAAGAUGGAAAAAUUGCUCAAACAGCAAGGUUUCUCUGGUACUUCUUACAAAUUCUUGUUUGGAGAUCUCAAAGAAUACACCUCGCUCCGUGCCGAGGCCUUAAAAAUCCCAAUGACUGUCUUCUCCAAUGAUUAUUUUCCUCGAGUGGAACCUUUCCGCCAUCAGCUUGCAUCCAAAUUUGGAAACGAUUUCUUUCUCUGGUUUGGCCCUAUACCUAUUAUACAAAUCUCAAAGCCAGAGAUGAUUAAAGAGGCGUUGACCAAAACAGAAGAAAUUCGAAAGGUGAAGUUGAACCCCAUUUUCGACAAGCUUAUUCCAGGGGUUGUAAGCUAUGAAGGAGAGAAAUGGGCCAAACAUCGGAAGUUAAUCAACCCUGCAUUCCAUGUCGAGAAGUUGAAGCUUAUGCUACCGGCAUUUCGUGACAGUUGUGAGGAAAUUAUCAACAGAUGGGAGUUGAUAGUAGCAGAAAGGGGUUCAGGUGAGAUAGAUGUGUAUCCAGAUAUAAUGCAACUCAGUGCAGAUGUGAUCUCUAGAGCAGCAUUCGGUAGCAACUAUGAAGAGGGACAAAAGAUAUUUGAACUACUCAAGGAGCAGACUGACUUGGCUCUUGUUAUCGUACAAUCAGUUUACUUCCCAGGACUUAGAUUCAUUCCAACACCGAGAAACAGGAGAUUUAAAAAGAUAGAAGAUCAGAUACGUGGUUUACUGCGUGCAAUUAUCAACAACAGGAAAAAAGAAAUUGAUGCAGGGGUAGCAGUGAAGGCUGACCUGUUGGGUAUACUCAUGGGUUCCAAUUCUAAAGAAAUCCAACAGGAUGAGAUGAGCCUUGAAGAGGUAAUUGAUGAGUGUAAGCUAUUCUACUUUGCUGGACAAGAGACUACUUCGGCACUAUUAGUUUGGACAUUGAUUUUAUUGAGCAAGCAUCAAGAUUGGCAAGCCCGAGCAAGAGAAGAAGUCUGUGAAAGAUUUGGGAAUAAUGUGCCUGAUUUUGAAGGCUUAAACCAUUUGAAGACAAUGAAUAUGAUUCUGUAUGAGGUGCUCAGACUCUACCCACCAGCAGUGCAAAUGACAAGAUCAAUUCAUAAAGAUACAAAUCUAGCUUCGUUGUUAGUUCCUUCAGGUGCAAUUAUCACUUUCUAUAUGCAACAUGUUCACCGGGAUCAGGAAGUUUGGGGUGAUGACGCAGAAGAAUUUAAACCAGAAAGGUUUGCUGAAGGGAUUGUUAAGGCAACAAAAGGGAAUACCUCAUUUUUCCCCUUCGGAUGGGGACCAAGAAUAUGCAUAGGCGAAAAAUUUGCCUUGACUGAAGCAAAAAUGGCAAUAUCCAUGAUUCUACAACACUUUUCCUUUGAGCUUUCACCAUCCUACGUUCAUGCACCCAAGACUAUCAUGUUUCUACAACCUCAACAUGGUGCUCAGAUAAUCUUACACAAGCUAUGAUGGUUUGCCAUCGGAGUUUAUAUGCAUUCUUAAUAAGAAUUGACCUGAUUUAUUUGAUAAAUGAUCAUUCAUAUUCAACUUUGACGUGCUUUUUUUAUUUCAUCUGAAUUUUUUCUUAUUCUCCACUACUUUUGUAUAAAUGUUGUUCUUAGUUACAUAUGCUCAAGUUUCUAGCUUUUAAUAUAUACUCCUUUUCCCUUAACAAAUUGAAGUUUGGCUUCCUUGAAUUGCACCAC